AUGUUUUUCUUCAUCAACAGGGGAACUCUUCAAUUCCUUCCCAAAAUUGUCUUGGUUAUUUUACUUGUCCUUCUUUACUCUGAUCUACUCGGUGAAUACAGCACCAACAAGACUCAGGGCUCCAAGCACUACUGCAACGAUCCAGACGGGCUGCAGUGCUUCGUAUUUCCUGUCGAUCCUGACGAAGAAUUCUGGCGCGCCAUGUAG